AUGAAACAACAAACAUUUCCUACAUUCUUCUGUUUAUUCAAUUUCAUGUUUAAUGCCGGUGUAUUUACUUUUCAAUCUGAAUUAAAGAUUUAUCAUUCAGACUUGAUCACUUCAAACACAUUCCAAUCACGUCAGUAUGAGAAUGAUGAGAAUCUGGUUAGUGUUAAUCAAUCUCUCAGUGAUAAAAUGAUGUUUUCAAAUCAGAUUAAUAGAACAAUGAAUUCAAGGACUUUUAAUUCUACAUUACUGUACACCAUGAAUAAUAAUAAUGACGAGUUUGAUUUUCAGUCACUUGCCAUGAACAAAAGAAUCAUUGAAGGUGUUCUAAAACGUUUAAUAAAACUUGCUUCCAAUAGCAAUACAUCAUAUUUUCAUUAUUCAAGUAAUCGUUUAAAACGCUCAUUAUCUUCUUCAGACUACUUGUCUUCCACAUCAUCGUCAAUGUUACCACCAACCUCGUUGUCUUCAACUUUUGCUUCAGAUGAUUUAGAUUUUGUUCAUGUUAAAAUUCAAGGAAUUAUAUUCGAUGUGAAAUUUCAACGUCCUGACUACAAGUCAAAUGGUGCAGUGCAUUUACGUAAUCUCAUGAAACCAUAUCCUCAUUUAUUACUAGAUCCACAUUAUGCAGAACAAGUCAUUACAGCUUAUAAUCCUCUAGUUAUGCAAAAUCAAAUAUGUAAAGAAUUUGAACAAAACCAAUCUAGUAAUUAUGUUGCUAAUAGUUUCUUCAUUGUAAAUGAUAUUGGUGCGCUCGUUGACAGACCAAUGCAUGACAGAUUGCACAGAUUGUUCUUUCAAAUCACAUCUGCACUUGGUAUACCGAGUAUCACGUGGUUACCAAAUAGAGUUGGACAGUUUGAGCUUGAUGAUUCACAAUUAGCUAUUCGAUUAGAACCUUUAACAUGGCAUGUUGCAAGAGCAUUGGUUGAUUUUAUGCAUGCGUAUAAAUGGAAUCUUGUUAUUAUGGUUUACAAUACACAAGUACCUGGAUCAGAUGUAUUAGUUGAGGAAUUUAGAAAACUCCAAGUUGAACGAAGUGCACAAGAUCAUCCAAAUUACUUCGAAUUUGAAAUAAAUUAUCAAUUUCCUUUUGAAGGAUUGACUUCUAUUGAAUUUACAGAAUGUAUAGAUCAAAUGUUAAGGGAGAUUCGACCAUGUUUAAUACCAUUAAUUAAUAUUUUAGAAAGCAUAUGGCGCGCCGAUGCAAGAGUUAUUAUAUUUAAUGGGAAUUUCUUUGAUCUAAAUACACUGCUUUAUAUAGCAGAUAGUUUGAAUGGUACAAAACAUGAACAUUUGAAAGCGUUAUUUGGUGAAGACUAUGUCUGGAUUUAUACACCGUCAACAAUGAGUUCCCUUACGGUAGCUGAUAAUCAAGACAAAGUAUCAUCUGAUAAUAACGUUCUUGCAGAAUCAACAAUGUUUAAAAAAAUUCCCGGGAUGUUUGGUUUAAUUUGUUUAAAUGAUCAUUCCAGUCGUAGAAGAAGUGCUGAAAUAGCACGAGAAGUUUGGCAAAAAUCAAUGAUUGAAUUAAUUUAUCAGUUGACUCAAAUCUAUCCACCAGACAAAUCAAUACAAAUCGAUACGCCGAAUAGAGAUACAUUAAUUUAUUUCAAACAGAUUUUAGAGAAGCUUAGACCUGUUAAAUUAUGUCAAUUUUCCGACCAUUUAAGUUGGCAAUGGGGAAGAAGAAUGUAUGACAUUAUGCAUACAAUUGUUGUAAAUGUAGAUAAUGAACCGAUAAGUUUUUUACCGAAUGGUGGAUUAAAUGUUUCCAAAUUAUUUAUUUAUAAUUCACGAAUUAUUGACGGUCGAAUGAAAUGGUAUAAGGUUGGAACAUGGUCAAUGAGCAAUGGUGUAACAUGGCCUGGCGCAUCGAAUUCUCCACCUAAAGGUCGACCAAGUAAAUUCAAACUACGUGUAGUAACUAUUAAAGAAAUACCGUUUGUUAUUUAUACCAAAGCCCAAGAAGGUGGAACAUGUGAUGCGAAUUCGAUUCCGUGCAAACUCAGACCACAGUCUUUACAAGAUGAAGAUAUUUCUGGAAAGAAUUCAGUCAUCCAUAAAACUUUAAGUUCACUUGGAUUAAAUUCUUAUACUAAAGAUAUCAACAAAAAAAUUAAACCAGAAUCGUUAACUGAAAAUGUUAGCAAUUUGUCAGAAUUAUAUAAUGUAAAUGAGAAUAAUUCAAUUAGUUAUGUAGAUGGUUGUUGUUCCGGACUGACAAUGGACUUAUUAAUGGAAUUAAUGAAAGAUUUAAAUUUUGAUGUUGAAAUGUAUGAAGUUAAAGAUGGUUUCUGGGGGGCUUGGACACCAGAUGGAUGGAAUGGUAUUAUACGUGAUCUAAUGGAUAAUAGAGCUGAUUUGGCAGUAACAUCAUUGAAGAUCACACCUAAUCGAUCCCAGCAAAUUGAAUUUAGCGUACCAUUUCUAGAAACAGGUAUAGCAGUUGCAGUGGCUUUAAGAGAAGGUGCUAUAGCUCCAACAGCUUUUUUAAAGCCGUACGAUUAUCAAUGCUGGUGUGUAAUCCUCGUAUUCAGUGUACAUGCAACAGGUGCAGCAUUGUACAUUUAUGAAUGGUUUAGUCCCAAUGGAAUGAAUCGUGGACAUACAACAGAUCAAAAUCACCGAUUUUCAUUUUUCCGUUCACUUGGCUUAUCUGGUCAAUGUUAUUCGGCGCUGCUGUAA